UACAAAACAGAAACUUGGCAGAUCGCACUUGUAAAAUCUAACGUGACAGAUCUUUGAGACACACACGCAGUCCCACUCCCACGCUACGAAAUUCGUUGGCACGAAUGUUGCUCGACGCCAUCUUUUUUAUACCCACACUAUUCACCUAUUGUCUGAUCUUGCUGCUUAUCAUUAUCCUCUGCUUCAUAGUCGUGUACAUUAGCCAUAAGAUCUAUAUCUCCAUAUACGACAAUUUGCCGCUAGGUGGCUCAACCACCGGCAUAGGUGGCAUACAGAUGUUGAGUGGCCAGCUGCGCUCGCGCACCCAGUCUGAACAGUUUGGGAUCCAGUCCAGCAAUCGGACCAUAUGGAUACAUAAUCGUUCGCAAAUCUAUCAAUCAACGACUGUGCGCUUUCUGCUCUCCCUGGAGCCUUGUUAUUUAGCUUGUAUCGAAUUCGAUGUGAUCCCAUUGUCCGAUCAACGGGCGAUUAGUCUGAGAUGCGAUUGUGUGUGUGAUUGUAUGCCAUCGAGAUCUGUGAGCUCGAUCACAAAAUAUCAUAUAAUCAAGUACUAUGAUCAUCUGAACAAAAUUCCCCACCGUACUGCCGGCCAGAAUUGCAUGGAAUUGGAAAUGUCGAACAAUAUGCGCCAUAUGAUCGACGAUGUGAUCACGGAUGCUAUGGGAAUACGAUUUGUACGCAGCUCUGAUGGUUUUCAAAUAAGGAGCAGGCGAGAGAGUGAGGCGACCCGUCGAUUCUCUUCGCUUCGACCCAAUCCGGCACAGGCGAAUGCACCACAAUGGAAUGCGCUACAACCACAGCCACAGCCCCCGCCACAACCACAGCCACAGUGUUCAAGAUCUCAGCAAGUUCCGCCAAAGCAAGAGUAAAAAUAGUUGGCGAAGCAAAAAGUCGCAUAUCUUGAACUCAUUUACAUUUAUAAUUAAGUUUCAGCUUUGUUUG